AUGCCCUCGGCACACAUACUUGUGGAUUGUGCUCACCACAACAAAUUGGGCAAUGUCGCGGCCAAUUCUGGGAUUCUCGUCCGACUGAAUUCUCCACAUGAUGAAGCGAGAAAUACUGUGAACGCUAUUGAGCGGGACCUGCAUAUGACUCCUGACAAUGGCAACGGCGAUGGAAAUGCAAGCCCGACUGAGACGUCGCAGUUACUGUCCAUACUGGCUAGCGAGAAGCUUAAUAGCUCGAUUCAGACUUUCAUGGCGAUGUGUGUUGCAAUUCUCCCCUCGGGGCUAUCUUUUUGCCUUGACCCGACUUUCUUUUUCUUUUUCACGGUGACCUUUUUUUACAGGGAGCUUCACUUGCAGAUCAAGCUGAUCGAGCUGCAAGAUUUACUGAAGAACACGCAGCAUGAGCCGCGGUUAAAGGGACCAUUCCCUAUCGCGAUGUAUUGUUCUAUCUUGACGAGUCUCUAG